CCAGGGGCGCCCAUGGGGAAAGGCGGGGAGAAAGGCGAGGAGGCAGAGGAGCGCGAGGCGCAGAGCCGGCUCUACAGCUGGGAGGAGAUCCGGCGGCACAACCUGCGGACCGACCAGUGGCUGGUGAUCGAGCGCAAGGUUUACAACAUCACCAAGUGGGCUGCCAGGCACCCGGGCGGCUCCCGGGUGAUCAGCCACUACGCCGGCGAAGAUGCCACGGAUGCUUUCUGGGCCUUUCACCUCAACCCCAGCUUUGUGCAGAAGUUUCUCAAGCCAUUACUGAUUGGAGAGCUCGCCCCAGGGGAACCUAGCCAGGACCGAGGCCAAAACCCCCAGCUGGUGGAUGAUUUCCGGGCCCUGAGAAAAACAGCAGAGGAUAUGAAUUUGUUCAAAGCAGAUCCCUUAUUUUUCUCCCUUUACCUGGCUCACAUCAUCAUGAUGGAAGCUUUGGCUUGGUUACUAGUUUCGUACUAUGGCACCGGCUGGAUCACAACCUUUAUCCUUUCCUGCAUCCUUGCAACCUCCCAGGCCCAGGCUGGGUGGCUACAGCAUGACUUUGGACACCUCUCUGUCUUUAAGAAGUCUUCAUGGAACCAUAUCGUCCACAAGUUUGUCAUCGGGCACCUGAAGGGUGCCUCAGCAAACUGGUGGAAUCAUCGUCACUUCCAACAUCAUGCCAAGCCCAACAUCUUCAAGAAGGACCCAGAUGUGAACAUGUUGCAUAUUUUUGUCCUGGGAGAUUCUCAGCCCAUUGAGUAUGGCAAGAAGAAGCUGAAAUACCUACCUUACCACCACCAGCAUGAGUACUUCUUCCUAGUUUUCCCACCUCUCCUCAUCCCCGUGUACUUCCAAAUACAAAUCAUCAUGACCAUGGUCAGACGCAGGUUCUGGGCGGACCUGGCUUGGGCCUUCAGUUAUUACAUGCGCUAUUUCAUCAUGUACGUCCCUUUCUAUGGAGUUCUGGGAUCCCUGUUUCUCCUCACCUUUGUCAGGUUUCUGGAGAGUCACUGGUUUGUGUGGGUCACACAGAUGAACCAUAUUCCAAUGGAAAUUGACUGUGAGAAGCACAGAGACUGGCUCAGCACUCAGUUGGCAGCUACCUGUAAUAUUGAGCAGUCCUUUUUCAAUGACUGGUUCACCGGGCACCUGAACUUCCAAAUUGAGCACCACCUGUUUCCCAUGAUGCCACGAAACAAUUACUGCAAGAUUGCCCCACUGGUGAAGUCAUUGUGCACCAAGUAUGGCGUCCACUAUGAAGAGAAAUCUCUUGGCAAGGCAUUCAAAGACAUUGUUGGGUCCCUAAAGAAAUCUGGAGAUCUCUGGUUGGAUGCCUACCUCCAUAAAUGAAACUGCUUCGUAGUGGGGAGGUUCGAGUGAUAGGGGAAGGACCGUGUGUUUUUUUGUUUUUUUUUUGUUUUUUGUUGUCAGAUUUUCAGCCUAUAUCUGUGUGCACAGUUGGAGGGGAGUUUCCUGUCUUGUGAAAUGCUACAGGGGGUGGGGGGAGGUUUAAGACACCUUUUUAAACCAGAGGGAUUUUAAAUGUGUUUGGAAGUCUUCAGAAGAUGAGUUAAAAGAUCCAUUUCAUACCACCCGGCUGGAAAUUGACCAAGCUGAGUGGGGUUUUCUGUUUUGGAGGUGGAGGGUGAGAGAGUGGAGUAGAUAACCUGGAGAUCAAUUUCUUCCCUUCCCUCCCUCUUCCUGAGCCAUUCACUUCAGCUUAGCCUCAACCCCCGCACACACAGACACUUGAUUCAUAAACAUGAUCAGGCCAGCAUCAGAGAGCUUCUGCAUCUGUUCCAAUAUUUACAAUCCCAGAAACCCCAAUCAGCUUACACCCUUUCCCCCUUUCUAAUGCUGGUGCAGAGAAGCAACAGCCCAGGAUUGGAUUAUGGUUAAAAACAAAAACCCCAAAAGCCUAUUUGAUCACCCACAGAAUGGUGAAGUCUCUUGGCUGCGCUGCAUGCUGCAUCCUCCCUGAAGAACUGGGAGGCACAGCUGUGAGCAGCAGGUGCUGCAUUAUUAGUCUGUCUGCCUCACUCAGAGCCCUGCUGUGGCUUUGUCUCUCUGUGAGCACAGUGCUGCUUUAGUAAAGGGCACGGCACCAGUCCUAAGCUGAACUCCCGCAGUAGCUUCCUUGGGACUCUGCACAGGCGAAAGUAUCCAACUGCAUGGGCCUCAGGGCUGGAUCGGGCUCCGUGUGUGUUUUUACUACUCACCCGUGUUUUCAGGGGUCUGCAACUCAGCUCUGGGCUGAAACAGGGAGAAAGAUUUCACAAUCACUUGGUCAGGUUUUCUUUCCAUGUGGCCCAUUAACGCUGCUGAGAUGUCUGCUAACUAAUGAUACUGUUGAUGCGCAUAACAAAUUGACCUGCCCAUUGCAGAUGCUUUAUUGUGCUCCUCUAUAGUUCAUAAACUGCCUUGGGCGGGAGGGGUUGCAGCUAUUUAACACAAAUACAGCAGAGAACCAAGCUACCCUGGUUUUACAUUUGGUGUGAAACUUUCCAUAGAGCACUGAGAAAUGUCUUAAAUUGUCUAGACCUAUUUUCUGUCUGAUACACAGUUACUCAAGAACCAUUAAUGGCUCUAAUGGAGGGUAGUAUGACACAGGGCCCCAUCCAAAGCCAACUGAUAGCAAUAGAAAGUCUUCCAUAGACCGCAGUUGGCUUUACAUUAGGCCCGGAAACUUUAAUUUAAUACAGUUGAAAGCAAGACAGAUGUGACAUUCCAGUAACAUUAAGGACCAAGGUUUCUGAAAAAGGCCUCUAAACUUCUGCCCAUCCCUCAUUGCUUGUUCAAAUCCCACAUUUCCUUGUGCAAAAUAGGUAUUUUGUCAUGCAGUUACCUAACAUCAAGUUUACAAGCACAUCAUUAGGUCCCAAUCCCACAACUGAAUCUUCCCAAGCAGAUCCUAUCACCCAGAUGAUGCUCCACUAAAAUCAACAGGACUCUGCCUGCCUGUAGGCAGCUUCAGGACUGAGGCUUGACACUUGAGAAAGUUUAACUCACUUUAGAAACUAUCUCCCUGAAGAUCAGAUUUUACUACACUAAAGCACAUAGUGGACAUCGUAAUUUAACCAAUCCACUGAUACCUGAAGUUUGUAGGGGACUCUAAAUAUUUGGGUGAUUUUAUACACCCUGUUGAUUGAAAUACUUAAAUAUCACCACAGGUGGUUAAAAUGAAGUUUUAUUGUCCUGGUGGUGUUUCAGUUUCAACCAGACCUUGAACACCUUUUAUAUUGCAGUCCCUGGGGUUCCAGUCUCCAACUGCAUAAUUAAUAGUAUCCUUCUGUAUUUUGUAAUCUUUUUGAA